AUGGCGUCCGAGCCAGCAGCAGAGCCCACUCCCAUUGGCUCCAACCGCUGGGGUCGCGGCAUAUUGCUUGCGCUGUGCGUCAAGUACAUUGCCGAGACUGGUGCGAGUGGAUUGGCAAUGUUCCACCUACUGCUGUCGAUUGUGUUGGCAGCUCUCCCACAAGAGGUGGAAAUUGGCGCCAUUCUGGAUGGCACGAGCGAGAUUGGCAUCUUGCAGAUGGCCAACAUGCUGGAGGCCAUUGAAAAGGCUAUUGAGCGACUGUCUUUGGCGAUUGCAGAGGCAAGCGAUGGUCUGCAAACCAUUGGGACGCCGCUCGAGCCCCUUCAACUUCUCAAGAAUGCCUAUGUGAGAAGUGCAUUGCCGACGAGAUUGGCCUACUGCCACAUCACUCUGCGAAUCUGGCAAUUGGCAAUGGAAGAAGUCAAUUCGCACGUCAGUAUGAACGAAUUGAUCGGGGAUUCGCCGCUUGGCAUGGUUGGACACAUUGCCUACGCCAAGGCAUUGUGUUAUGACUGCAUUGUUCACAAGACGCCGCAGCCUGUGGACAUUGAUGCACUUGAGAACAUAUGGUUGAUUGUGGCAUUGCCCAUGACGAUGAUCAACGCUCUGAUUGAUGACACAGAGAUCGAUUGGGAAGUGCCACUGGCAUUGACCAUCCAGCAAAAGCUUUCUGCUGUCGUGCUGGGAUUGAGCACCAAUUGGCACAUUGUGGUCCCAAAGUCAUUGGCCACCUGCUACGGAGGCUUUCAGGCGCAAGUGAAUGCCCAUUGCGAAGAGGUCCCCUGCGUUGUGGAUGAUGGCACCCACGGGGACAUUGAUCCUAGGCAUCACUCUGAUGGCGCCGGCACAAAUAGCACCGCCUGCCAUGCCAAUCCUCAGCAUGAUGAUAUCUUCAAGGCUCUCCGUCAUACAUGGUCAAGCCGACUCUCCGCUUCCGGCCUCGUGCCCAAGAUUGUCACCGCGCUGUCUUCUGGCAACAAGACCCCUCCUCUGACGCAAAAGGAACUACAACCGUUCCUGGAAGAUAUCCGCCUCUUCUUGCACGUCACCUGCGAUGUCACAUGGCAAUCCCUCAUGCAAGUGGAUGAGGGCCAGCCGUGCCGCCUCAACCUUUGGCAUGCCUCUCGCUCAUCUCUAAGGCGCACCGGCGCCUUGAGAUACUGCCUGCAGACCAGGGCCUCCUUUGCUUCCGACAUCGGGGCCGCCUUUAUCAGUGCCUCACACUCAACUUUGGUCCCCGCGCUUGUCCGCCUGACUCACCGCUUCUGGUGGGUGUCCCACUCUGCACUGAUUUACGUGGACGAUAUACUUGGUCUGCUUGAGAAAUCAUCCGCCCCGCUCAUGGCCAGUCUGCUGGUGGUCCUGCUUCAAAUCCUUCGAGUUCCGAUGAGCUGGCACAAACAAAGCCAAACUCUCAGCCCGGGUUGUCUGGAUCGGUUGGCAGCGCUUGCUGGAUCUUCUCCAGCAGUGUUGCGGCUUGCAUAA